UCCAGCUCUCAGCGGUUGUUGGAAGAGUAGUCGCAGCUUCUUCUCGGCGGUUUAUUAAUAUUAUUUGUUUUCGUGCCCUGCGUCGUGUGCUUUAUUCCUCGUUUCCUCUUCUCCGCGCAGUAAUUCUUUCUUCCGUGCCGCCAUGAACGGUUUCCGCGACAGCAGAAUCGAGGAGGGCUCUUUUCUCUUCACCUCAGAGUCGGUGGGGGAAGGGCACCCAGAUAAGAUUUGUGAUCAAAUUAGCGAUGCUGUCCUUGAUGCACAUAUUAAACAAGAUCCAAAUGCCAAAGUAGCCUGUGAAACUGCUGCAAAGACUGGAAUGAUCCUCCUAGCUGGGGAGAUCACAUCCACCGCUGCAGUGGACUAUCAGAAAAUUGUUCGGGAAACAAUCAAGCACAUUGGCUACGAUGAUUCCUCAAAAGGCUUUGACUACAAGACAUGCAAUGUUUUGGUUGCCCUGGAGCAGCAGUCCCCUGACAUAGCUCAGGGAGUCCAUCUUGACAGAAAGGAAGAAGAUGUUGGUGCUGGAGAUCAGGGUUUGAUGUUUGGCUAUGCUACUGAUGAGACGGACGAAUGCAUGCCCCUGACCCUUCUCCUAGCACACCAGCUGAAUGCAAAGCUGGCAGAGCUCCGUCGUAACCAUACCUUGCCCUGGCUGCGACCAGAUUCUAAAACUCAGGUGACUGUGCAGUACAGGCAGGAUCGUGGUGCUGUCAUCCCUAUUAGAGUCCACACAAUUGUCAUUUCUGUUCAACAUGAUGAGAAAAUUGGUCUGGAUGAGAUGAGGGAUGCUUUGAAAGAGAAAGUGGUCAGAACUGUUGUGCCUGCAAAAUACCUGGAUGAUGAUACUGUCUAUCACCUGCAGCCUAGUGGCCGUUUUGUAAUUGGUGGCCCCCAGGGGGAUGCUGGCUUGACUGGCCGGAAGAUAAUUGUUGACACCUAUGGUGGCUGGGGAGCACAUGGAGGUGGUGCUUUCUCUGGUAAAGACUACACAAAAGUCGACCGUUCGGCUUCUUAUGCUGCUCGCUGGGUUGCAAAGUCCCUUGUAAAGUCUGGUCUUUGUCGGAGAGUGCUUGUUCAGGUCUCCUAUGCCAUUGGAGUGGCCCAUCCACUGUCAGUCUCGAUUUUCCAUUAUGGCACCUCUCAAAAGACUGAGUAUGAGCUGCUAGACAUUGUGAAGAAGAAUUUUGACCUCCGCCCAGGGGUCAUUGUCAGGGAUCUGGAUCUGAAGAAGCCUAUUUAUCAGAAGACUGCAGCCUAUGGUCACUUUGGUAGGAACAACUUCCCAUGGGAAGUCCCCAAAAAGCUUAAAUACUGAACAUGUUGGGCUUCUUUCCCCAGACCUGUUGGUGUACAUUACAGAGAAACCUUCAGGCUCUCCUGUGGGAAAGAGCCCCGUUCCCUAAACUGGUUCUGUCCUUCUCUGCUCUUAACUUGGCACACUCUGUCCAUUGCUAUGAAUAUUAGUCCUCUGGGGACCGCAAAUUGCACUGUGCUUUCUCCUCUUCCUGGUGUGCUUGACGUAUGAGUAGAACCAGUUGAGCAUAGGCGCUAUAUGUAAUAUAUAGAGAAAAACAGACUGUAAUCAAAACCGUGUUUCAGUCUAAUCCUUUGUAUUGCCCAAAGGUUAACAAUUCUUCCCAUUCAAAAAACAAACAAGAAAUUUCCCUUGUAACGUGCACAGUCUGUGGUUCCACAUACAUUCUGGAUACCUAGAGCAGCACUGUGCAAUGACUUGAUUCUAUUGAGAAUAUAAAGCCCAUGUUUCUGUUCCCCAACUCUGGUCAGUCUCAUGUGAGCCAUCACCACCACUGUAGCAGAUAGCCUUGCAUGCAACACAAGUUCCAUUUGGAGCUUCAGUUUUUAAAUGGAGGCAAUUCUGGUUCAGCAAUCAAUGAUCUUAUGCUCUAAAAUUCAGUCAGCACCCUUUUUUAAUCAUUUCCUGCUCUUUUGGGGGGGGGAUGUAUGUGUUAAGGUUUGAAAAAUCCUAUGCACACUUUUAGCACUAGCCAAACCUCACCAUCUUUAUCAAAUGGGCUCUUGGCCAACCUUGUGGCGUAUUACAGAGAAGUCACAGGGUCGUACGCAAGGUCUGUAGGCUGCACACUUUUGGCACCUGGAAUUUUUUUUCUUUAGAGCCAAGAACUUCAUAUUGCACAAAACUCCCAGGGUUUAUUUUCUAAGCCAGGUCCAAACUGCAUUCUGAAGUACUGGUGUAGCUACAGAGAAGCCAGUUCCCUUUAGAGUUCAAGUGCAUUUGGAAAGGACGUGGGGAGAAACCCUACAUACUUGAAACUUUUUAAUUGCUUAUUUAUUGUGUUUUUGAGACUGGGUGUGAGUACAGAGAAGCCCUUGUCUCAAAUGGCAGCUUUUAAACUUUAUUUUGACACCAUGAAUUCCUUGACAGUUUCCAGCAUUCCUUGAUAGGCCAAGGUGUCCUACAGAAAAGCCUUGGGCCAUAACCUACAGGGGGUCUGGCUUGUGUAAAACAGGGGUGGGCAGUGCUAGGGGAAACUGGCCUUGGGAGAGGCAAACUUGGUUGGUGUUGUACAGAGAAGCCAGCUUGUUUACCUGCCCAUCCCAUGGCCAAUGCCCUGAGCAGGAAGUGCCUUUUGCGUUCCACUUUUUUCCUGGGCAUUUAUGACAUAUGUCUGGUUCUUGAAAUUCCAAGUUGACUAAAGAUCUUAAUAAAGUGCUAGGUUCUAUCUGA